AUGGCACAGAAGCAAAUACUUUUGCGUGAGUUGGCAAAUGUGCGGGAAAAGUUGGCCCAUCUUAUUGAUAGGCGUGAAUUCGACCGCACCAUUCACGCACUGGAGGCACACUUGGCCGAUCCGAUGCACCCUACCUUUACAUAUGGUUCCUCCCUGUUGUAUCGUGAUGCUGUAAAGCACAAUCGCGUGGCACGGAAUCCUGUUCUCUGUUCCCUUCCCGCCGCAAAAGAGUAUGCUGAGCUGCAAAAGCGCAGGGAGUCCCUGCGGGCGCACGAAAACACGCUUAGCCCUCAGCAAGCAGCCAAGUUGCAGGAGCGGCAGAGUGCAGACGCCUCUAUGAACGGAGAGGCGCUUGAUUCACAGCCGAGUUUCUCUACAAAGGAACUUUUCUGA